UUACAAAUAUGCUUGAGACACAUGGUCACAAUUUACAAAGCUUUUUACAAGAGUUUUAGCACACAAUGUAGCUUUAAUGAUAAAUAGUUAAAAUUUUAGGUGUUUGAGUCACUUACUUGUUCAAAUUCGUCGGAAAACAUUCUGAAUUUGCUCAUUAUAUGCUAACGCCACUAUUAUAACGAACAAAUGGUCUUGCACCUAACCUAAAACCAGUUGACGUUUCUCAAAUGUCAAAGUACAGAUUUCUACUUUGACAAGUAAAAGAAAAAUCCAUUUUUUUCUCAUUUUCAAACAUAUUUCCACUGAGUAAAUGAAGAAAAUGCUUUAAAAUAAGACGAUCAAUAAAUGUUAUGUUAAUUCAAAUGUAAAUUUACUGUGCCGGUGAUUUAACCUAAUCUCCCAGUUACUCAUUUAAGCAAACCUUGAACUGUGAUAGUAAUUUCCCAAAUAAUAGACAAUGAUCAGUAGUAAAUCUCAGUGAGUGAUUAGUGUUUGUAACUUAUAAAUAUAUAUAUUAAGUUGUAAAAAAUGUUUGCCCAAGGAUUUAAUGUUUUACGUAGCUUCCUUAGUUCAGAAACUCCCCCAACCAAAGUUUUUGAAGCCAGAUCAGACACUUUUUCGGAUCGAGCGAUUCAUUUACGUGAAGAUGGAUUGGUUCUGUAUCUCCCAGCAAAUAAUGUUGACAAGAAAAAAGCGGCUACUUACGAAAUAGUCCUCCAUCGCCCAUACACUGAAAGCUUACACCAAACAUACAGUUUAUACCGCACGCCAAUUCUUGAUGAAGCUGAAGUGAAAUUUUGUGUCCUGAAGGAUAAAUUACCUGUCUUUGUUGAGGUUUCAAAAGAGAUGCACAAUGCACAAGGUUUACAAAAGAUUUGUGAUGUCCUUGCUGAACACCCCUCCUGGAAUUUGGCACAUCUGGCUGCUCAUUUUAGUCUCUAUGAUUCUUUUAAAGAUCCUAGGAUUAAUAAUUAUUUGAAUAGUACUGAUGAUGAAACUGGAAUCUCUCCAUUACAAGUUGCUAUUACCACAAAGAAUUUGAAAACAGUACAAGUUUUGGUUGCUGCAAAUGCUUCUUUGGAACAUCUUGAUUAUAACUCUGAUUCAGUGUUCCACUAUGCUGCUAGCACUACCAAAGAUAUCAUUGCAGCAUUGACUCAAGGAAGCGCCCCAAACUGCUUGAACGCCCGUAACAAAAACGGUUACACACCACUCCACCUUGCAUGUCAAGCCGACAAACCCGACUGCGUCCGAGCCCUACUUCUGGCAGGAGCUGAUGUAAACAAAACCUCAGGCUUAGUAGACGACAACGUCCUACCCGGCUACGUCGGCGACUACCUCCAAAGCCAUCCCAACAGCCUCCACAAGGAAGACAUGAAGAUGGGGGGUACACCUCUACAUUGGGCCUGUUCUCGGGAAGUAAUCGAGGCUCUAGUCGACAUGAACUGCCACAUAGACUCUCUAAAUUUCGACAAAAAAACAGCUUUGCACAUCAUGAUCAUGAGAAAUCGCCUCGAAUGUGUCGUUGCACUUCUUAGUCGGCAAGCAGAUGCCAACAUUGGGGACGCAGAGGGAAACCGACCGAUCCAUCUCGCUGUCAAACAAGGAAACAUAUCGAUAAUUCAGUGUUUGAUUAUUUUCGGAGUCGAUUUGAAUAUUUUGAAUAAUGCGGGGCAUUCCCCGAGACAUAUUAUAACGAAGGAGCAAGAACCGAAAAUUUUGUAUUACUUGCACGCCGUUGGGGCACAGCGGUGUCCCCCGGGGACCCCCUAUUGCACCGAUGGGUGUGUCCACGGGGGUACAUACGACGGCAUUCCUCCUCCACCGGUGAUCGGUCCCACCAAUCGCGAUGUUUUAAACCAAAUGCUCGAUGUGGCAGCGAUGGAAACUGCCUCAAAGAAGUACAAACAUGGGAAAUUACCCAAAAAUGGGCGCCUUUUAUGCAUGGAUGGCGGCGGAAUUCGAGGUUUGGUCCUCGUGGAAAUGCUUCUAGAAAUAGAAAAUGUUCUGCAAAAACCGGUCAGUCAUUGUUUUGAUUGGAUAGCGGGGACUAGCACUGGAGGGAUUCUGGCGUUGGGGAUUGCAACUGGUAAAACAAUGAAAGAAUGUCUUUGUUUGUAUUUUCGCAUCAAGGAGCUUACGUUUGUGGGGAUAAGACCGUAUGCUAGUGAACCGUUGGAAAACGUUUUGAAGGAAACCUUCGGAGCGGAAACUGUGAUGGCGAAUAUUACGCAUCCGAGAGUUAUGGUUACGGGGGUUCUGGCCGAUAGGAAACCGGUCGAGUUGCACUUGUUUAGGAAUUAUCAAAGUCCAAGUGAUAUUUUGCAAGUUGAGCAUAAUUCGCCGUAUGAGUUGCCGCCACCGCCCGAAGAGCAGUAUGUGUGGCAAGUUGGGAGGGCUACGGGGGCUGCUCCGACAUAUUUCAGAGCAUUUGGGUACUUUCUGGACGGAGGUUUGAUUGCAAACAACCCCACACUGGACGCCCUGUCUGAAAUUCACGAGCACCAUUUAGCUUUAAAAGCAGUUGGUCGUGAAGAGGAAGCCGCCCCGGUCUCCGUGGUAGUCAGUUUAGGCACAGGGGUAAUCCCCGUAACCCCCGUCAAGGAUAUCGAUGUGUUUCUUCCUGGCAGUAUUUUCGACGGGGUGAAACUUUAUACGGGUAUUUCAACUUUGGGAACACUUUUAGUCGAUCAGGCAACUGCCAGUGAUGGGAGAGUCGUGGAUAGAGCUAGGGCCUGGUGCUCUACGAUUGGAGUACCAUAUUUUCGGUUUUCUCCACAAAUGUCGGAGGAAAUCGCAAUGAAUGAAACUUCGGAUGAGAAGUUGUGCAAAAUGCUGUGGGAGACAAAGGCGUAUAUGUAUAAAAAUCUCAGUACUAUUAAGCAGAUUGCCGAUUUACUCAAUACGAGUUAAUUGUUUUAAACUAUUAUUGUAAUGUGAUAAAAGUUAAAUUUUUAGUAAAUUAUUACAUUUUUUACACAAAUUUUUUAGCACUUAAAAAUAUUUAUAAUAUUAUAAUAUUUGUAAUAGAUCUUGUUAGUGUUGAUCUAGUAUGAGUGCAGUAGUUGCAGACUUUUUCGCCCAGUUUACAAUUUAUUUAAGGUACGGUAACGUAAAAUUUUUAUGGCCGUGUUAAUAGUUUUUUUGUGUGAAAUUCAUUGGAAUGGAAACACAUUAUACGUAAAGUUUUAUUGAAUACAAAUAAAGGAAUUGUGCUGUGCAGUUGCAGACGAAAUUCAUGUGAUAUUAUACAAAGUGGGAAAAGUUUAAGUGAUUUGUUAACAGAACUGAAAAUUCGCAUUUUUUUUAAAUAUCGAUUGUUGGUGGAAAAAUAUUUAAAAAACUAUGAGAAAAUAAUUUUCCAAAUUUCUGAGAUCUCAAUAGAGGACAUGAUCCCUACUCUGACAUACUUUUCUACCUUGAAAUGUUUUUUGCUCAGUUUUAUUUUGUCAAUUCUUUUUUGGUGGAAUAAAAAUAUCAAAUUACAUUCAAACAGAUAUACGUAUUAUGAAAACUACUUAUGACAUAAAUUAUGUACAACAUUAAAAAAAUAUGCUACUUAAGUAAAUUAAUAUACAUAUGUAAUAAUAAUUUAUUUAUUAAAUCUUUUGUUUAAAUGUUGCAACACCAAAAUCUAAUUCUCUCUCGCAUCGUGGAUUAGUCAAUUCUUGUCGCUUCUCAUUGUUUAUUGUAAAAAAUUGUACCAUUUUAUUAGUUUAAAGGUAAAAUUAGUUAUAGUUACUGUUAGUUACUAUACUAUGUAGUGUAUAUUUUAGAAAAUUUAUAAAAGUUAUUUAAAAAAUUCAGUUGGACAAUCAUGGUUAUCCUAACAGUUGUGAUUUUUUCAUGGUGAUAAUACUUCUACUUUAAUAUUUUUUGAUUAACGGGCACGUUAUCAAGCUUAAUUUUUUAAAUGAAUUUUAAGAACGAGCGUAGCGAUUGGGGUAACAAUUUGGAUGAAUAACAGCGAUUAAGUUUUGUUAAGUCAAAUUAAGUAUGACGUUGUAUCGUUGAUUGUAACAUUUUUUCUUAUUUUCAAAAUAUAGUUUCCAAAACUGUUUGUAAUGAGACAUUUCAAUACAAGGUGCUUUUUUUACAAUUACUGAAAUAAAAAAAUGAGUAAGACUAAAUCCCACAAUUAUUAUUAAGUAUAAGGUAUAUCGAGCGUAGCGAUGAUGCCAACAUGGUUGACGAAACACGUGUCGGAAAAAUAUUUGAUAUGUUGGGAUUUAGUUUUACUUUUUUUUUUCUUUUUUAGAUCUAUCUCUGUCUGCUUUUCUUUUAUAAUAUAGGUAGAAUAUUAAUGUAUUAGAAAUUUUUAGAUAACACAUUUUUCGAUACAAUCAAGUUUUUUCUUGACUGUAUCGAAAAAUGUGAAAAAUUAUCAAUAGUUAUCUGAAAUUAGCUGUUUUGAAUCACUCUUAUGAUUAAUUGUUCCGUUGUUAUUAACAUUGUUGUACGUACUUUAAUAAAUUUAUUUGAAUUUUUUUUAUGUAGAUAUAAGUAUGUAAUUGAACUACAAUGUGCAUGUCCAUAUGUAGAAUACGUAUUAAUUUCUCAAACAUGACAAAUAAUUAUUCUAGUAACUCGCAUUUAGUGUAUUUUUUUAGUGUUCUUCUAUAAAAUACAAUUAUCAUAAUUAUAUAAGGAGUGUAUAAAAAUGUGUACUUCUCUUGCAAAAUCAUGUAUACUUAAACAACUUAAAAUAUUCUGUAUUCACGAGAAAAACAAAAUCGAUUUUAGAUUUUAUCAAAAUUCAUAUUGCAAAAAACUAAGAACCAUUGAAAAUCAUCUGGGCUACAUGAUAAUAAUGUAGGAAAUAAUGUAAACAAAUAGAAAUAACCCUGUGACCAACCGUAGCAAAUUAAAUUCUAAGUGUAACGUGUUAAAAUAUUUAUUAAAUGUUUCUAUGUACAACAAUAAAUAACAUGUUAGCUAA